CUUCCGUAGAAGCGGCCAAACAUGGCGGAGUAUUCAUCUGUCAGAAGAACCAAGCUGGUUCUAAAGGGGACGAAAUCGAAAAGUAAGAAGAAAAACAAAGAUAAGAAACGGAAAAGAGACGAAGAUGCUGAGGAUAGACUUGAUAUUGUUGAAGGGUGGUGGACUGUAUCAAAUUUUGGUGAAAUCACAGGAACCGUAGCGAUAGAGAUGGGUCUUGGAACCUAUAUCAGUGCUCUUGACAAUGGCCUUUUUACCCUUGGAGCACCACAUAAAGAUGAAGGGCCACACCCUCCUGAACAAUUUACUGCUGUCAAGCUUUCAGAUUCAAGAAUUGCAUUGAAAUCUGGCUAUGGUAAAUACCUUGGCAUUAACUCAGAUGGGCUGGUUAUUGGACGUUCUGAUGCAAUAGGUGCGAGGGAGCAGUGGGAGCCAGUGUUUCAAGAGGGGAAAAUGGCACUGUUAGCAGCAAACAGCUGCUUUAUCAGCUGUAAUGAAGAAGGCGAUAUAGUAGCCAAAAGUAAAACAGCAGAUAACGAGGAAAUGAUUAAGAUCAGGACAUGCGCUGAAAAAGAAGGCAAGCAAAAAGAUGACAUUCCGGAAGAAGACCAAGGAAAUGUUAAGCAAUGUGAAAUCAAUUACGUGUAUGUAACAAGGGUUUCUUGGCUAUCAUUUAAAAUAAAGCAAAAGCAAGUUGUAUUGGAGUGCAAAUAACCCCUAGUUUCCUUGAUUGAAAACCUUCGGGUCCCGAUCCUUGUGUAAACAUGUAAAGCUGAAGAAAGUUUAUCAUCUCAUAAUCAUCAUCUUUUAUUUGUAUCGCACCGUCCCUGGCCGAGACUGGGCUCAGGGUGGCUAACAUCAAAUAUAAACAUUGAUUAAAAAAAAUCAAACAAUAAUUAAAUCACCUCUUAAAAACAAGUCAGGGUAAAAUUAAAAUCUGAAUUAGAUGGUUUUCCGCAGGAUUUGGGUUGGGAACAGUAAAUGCUCAUCAGGCCCAACUGUGUACAGUACGCUAAUCUUAUAUGGGCCUGUGAGACUGCUGGGAGGCCUCUUUCAUACUAGUUCUUAUACAAAAAGGGAAGGGGAGUCAGGCUGAGCUCUGACCAAAGGCCUGGCAGAAUAACUUUGUUUUACAGGCCCUGCAGAAAGAUGUCAAAUCCCGCAGGGCCCUGAUCUCUUGUUGCAGAGCAUUCCACCGAAAAGGCCUUGGCCCUGGUCGAGGCCAGCCUAAUCUCCCUGAGGAUCUGGUGGGUUUUGUUCUAAGGACCAACUUUAUUUCACAGGACCAGGAGAUGUGCUUUUGUUUUCAGAUGCAAGCCUGAUACAUUGCACCACUUGUCUUGCUGUUUAUCCCUAGUAUAUUACUUUUAUGAAUUUUUUUGGAUAUUUGUUUUAUAACAAAUGCAACACGCUUUCUUCCCCCACCCACAAUACAUCUUUAAUUCCUUAGUGGAACUUUUCAAUGCAUGGUAUAGGCUUGUUAAUGUUUACAAGUAUGAUUUGCAACAGCUUGUGAAGGUUUUCCUCACCCGUAACAGGAAUGUGUCUUCCUCCAAGAUAUCACAAACUGGAAGGAUCUCAAAGCAGAUCAAUUCACUGCUCUACUGCAACACACCCACUGUUUUCCAGCUGGCAUUCCACAUUAUGUGGUUCUUGGAGGCAACUGGGCAUGUUCAGUCCCCAAGGGACUCUCUUUUACAUUGUAUACUACUUGGAGUUUACUGAUAACCUGCAUUUUAUUUCUAAGUGGCCUUGUUUUGCCUGCAGUCCUAUCGACACUCAGCCACUGUAUUUCAUACAGGCUGAAGAUAUUUACACCCUGCAUUUUUCUUUCCAGGAAG